AUGGCUGUGAACACCAGUGCCAACACAGCUGGACGGCGCCGGGAUGGUGAGUGCGGCGGGAGCGGAGGGGCYGCGGCGGCCGCCGCCGCCCUGACCCGCCUUUGCUCUUGUGCCAAGGCCUCCAGCUUUAAGAAGGCCUCGCUGAGCGGCGCGGCGCCGAGGAAGAAGGGCAGCGCCAAGCUGGAGCUCACCGAGGAGCAGAAGCAGGAGAUCCGCGAGGCCUUCGACCUCUUCGACGCGGAUGGCACCGGCAACAUAGACGUGAAGGAGCUGAAGGUAGCCAUGAGAGCAUUAGGGUUUGAACCAAAAAAAGAAGAGAUCAAGAAAAUGAUAUCAGAUAUUGAUAAGGAAGGAACAGGAAAAAUCAGCUUCAAUGACUUUUUGGCGGUGAUGACACAGAAAAUGGCUGAAAAAGAUUCCAAAGAAGAGAUUCUCAAAGCUUUCAAACUCUUUGAUGAUGAUGAAACAGGCAAGAUUUCUUUCAAAAACCUCAAACGCGUAGCUAAAGAACUGGGGGAAAAUCUCACCGAUGAAGAGCUGCAGGAAAUGAUUGAUGAAGCAGAUAGAGAUGGGGAUGGGGAAGUGAAUGAGCAAGAAUUCUUGCGGAUCAUGAAGAAGACCAGCCUUUACUGAAACUCAGUUUUAUUUAUUUGUGUGUAUACUUUUGGUAGGUGUUUCACUUUUUGUCUCCUGUCUUUUAUUUCUUUUGAGACAACAAAUAAGUUAGGUCAUUUUCUUUUAUAAGUCACUGAUCAUAAAUUCAUGUAUUUGUACAGCUACUAACGGCUAAACUGUUUACAUGUAGAAAUAUUGUUGCUUGUUUGUGCUUCUAAGAUUUUACACCGUUAUGUUUUAGAAACAUCACAUUUUCAGCGACAGCAUUCAGAUUCUUAUAGGACUAAAAACCAUGUAUGAAAUGCAUAGUUUGGUUAAGAGCGAUCUGAAAAACAAAUAGUGUAAAUCUGUGUUUUCCCAUGAGUUGAGGUGGCAUUUUUGUUUAAUGUCUUUGGUUUGGACUCAGCUACAGUGAAUUCUUUGUAUGAUGUAUUUGCAGGGAUCAGCUUUUUUUACUCUGCUUUAUGGAGGUCAUUUCCAGUUAUUCCCUUCCCCUUUUUUAAUAUAUUCUUAAAAAAAAUGAAG